AUGAGUGUCACUUUCGAGGUUUUCCGUGGCUCCAAAGAGGGCAAGAUUGUGGCCGACAAGACCACUCGCACCCUCCAGGCCAAUGAAGUAUACAUCGAGACAAGCCAUUCUGGUCUCUGUGGUACCGAUGAGCACUUCCUUCACUCAGGAAUGGCCCUCGGCCACGAGGGUGUUGGACGUGUCAGUCAAGUUGGUCGUGAUGUCACCACCGUAAAGAUUGGACAACGCGUGGGUUUCGGAUACACUCACUACGUCUGCGGAACUUGUGAAAAGUGCUUGACUGGAUGGGAUCAAUAUUGCGAAAAUAAGAAGGAGUACGGAACCCAUGACCAUGACCUUGGAUCCUUCGGUGAGGGUGUUGUUUGGGAUGCCGACUGUGUGAUUCCCAUCCCCGAUGGCUAUGACUCCGCCGACGCCGCUCCCCUUAUGUGCGCUGGAGCAACUGUCUGGACUGUUCUGUCAGAGUAUGGUGUCAAGUCAACAGACCGUGUGGGAAUCAUGGGUGUUGGAGGCCUGGGCCAUCUUGCCAUCAAGCUUGCAUCCGCCAUGGGAUGCCACGUUGUUGUGCUCUCCAGCUCUGAGUCUAAGCGCGAGGAAGCUUUCAGCUUCGGUGCCUCUGAAUACCACGUCUUCAAGGCUGGCGAGGAGAUUCCCGACUUCAAGCCCGUGAACCACCUCCUUCUUUGCGGAAGUGCCAGCGUUGACUACCCAUCUCUCAUGCCCCUGAUGGACAUUCACGGAUCGAUCUACCCUCUUACCGUCGAUCUUUCUGCCACCCCAGUCCCCCUUCUGGCUCUUAACAUCAAGGGUGUCCGUAUCCAGGGCUCCUUGGUUGCCUCGCGCCACAGCCUUCGUUCUUUGGUCGAGUUUGCUGCCAAGAAGAAGAUUACCCCUACCACCAUGACAUUCCCUCUGACUGCCAGCGGUGUCGAGGAUGCCAUGGAGACCCUCCGCCAAGGAAAGAUGAGAUACCGCGGUGUUCUGAUCCGCCAGUAG